AUGCUUCACGAUAAUGAUUUUGAAACUAACAACAAUAAUGGCGAUAAUGCACAUAAUAAUGAUGUAAGUAUUGAAAACGAUGGUGUAGGAACUCAACAGUACCACGUUACCAAUAAGCCUACCGAAAUUCAGGAUCAGACUAGUGCUACUAGCACCAUAUUUAGAAGAAAGCGAAAGAGACUAGAGGAGAAGCUGGAAACAUAUAUAGACAAUUAUCAGCUACCCAAAGCGCAGACGAACGAGGAGAGAUCAGAUGAUAUGGAUUUUUUUCGCUCGUUACUUCCAAUUAUUGCGCCACUUACAAUGUCUCAGAAAAUAAAAGUACGCAUGGAGAUAAUGAAAUUAUUACUAUCGUAUACUGAUACGCCUGUCCCACAAAACAUAGUUCCAUCUACGUCGUAUGCAUCUAAUGCAUUUCUACAACAAUCAUCACAAUUCAGGAGACAUGAUGGUCAACAGCAGUAUAUAUAUAGUACUUCUGAACAACCCCAAGUAGCAGAAAAAAUCACUAAAAAACAGCACUUUUAUAUGCCUUCACAGCCACCUUCAAUCCUUACCCAGCUUACCCCACAACACCAUCGGUCUUUUCAAAAUAUAACUACUCAAAACAGCCCACCUACAUUGCCUCAACUGACAACACCAUCAACUGAUACUCAAUCAUAG